AUGGCGCUCUCGUCGGACCUCAUUUUCAGCAUCAUCGCCACCUGCCUCUGCGGAACGCUCAUCCUCUUCCGCUGCGUCUACCGCGCCAUCUGGCGAUGCCACAUCCACAAGACAUGCCACCGACACUGGCGCAGCGAUGACACAAUCAUGGCAUUUGCGCUGUUGCCGCUCAUCGGACGAUCCGCGACGAUACUGAGUGCCUAUGUGCUCAAUCCGCUGCAGUCCAUGUCGCCAGUGUCGGUCGAGGAGGCGAACGCCGUGAGCUUGACCGCUGCGCAGUUGACCGCGAACAGGGUGCUGGCGAGGAAACUCCUUAUCCCUGGCAGGAUAUGCUAUGCCUUGUUCUUGUGGUGCUUGAAGCUCUGUCUUCUCGUAUUCUACUCCCGGUUCAUCAACACACUGGACUGGGGUAAGCGAGCGGCCACCAUCACCUGGUGUGCCUGGGAACUAGCGCCUCCCGAAACGCUUCCGACCUGCGCCAAGGCAAUGGCCAACCUUCUCACCAUGGCCAUCACCAACAUUCUCACCGACCUGGUCUUGAUUGCGCUACCCUUUCCGAUGCUGCGAAAUGUCAGACUACAAAAAAAGGACAAGAUCCAACUGAGCCUACUCUUCAGUAUCGGCACCAUUGUCGUCCUCAUCACGAUACUGCGCCUUCCGCUCAUUCUCACACAAUCACUCAGCCAGCGCUCGCGAUCACUGUGGGCGUCCAUUGAGAUCCUGUGCGCCUGCAUCGUGGCCAACGCAGCCUUCUUCUUCACACUGUCGCGCGACAUACAGCGACGACACACGAGCCAUUCGCAGGGCUCCAACAUAGUACCGGCCGAACCGGUCCUCUAUCUCCGACGGAUUUCGACGUCUUCGGCCGUUGGGGGUGCGCAUUUUUCGUCGUCAAAGGCGUCGUCCAAAGGGGAGGACCGCGUGACGGCGCUGGAUGAUAUGUAUAAUGACGAGACCCGGAUAAUAGGACGGUAA